UGGCGUAGAUCGACCCAUGGAAAACGUGUAACGUGACCACAAAGCUGAGUACGUUUGCUUUCAGAAUCCCUGUGUAUACGCAAGAAACGUCUCUGUGUUCAUUUCACCAAAACGUGCUGAAGCUGCGCGAACACAACAGCCGGACACAGACUCGUACAGUUUGGAUUCACCAUCUUUCAGCGUAUUCUCUGCUGGGUGAACGCAGGAGGUUCCUGGUGUGGAUGUUGGCGUUUGCACCACACUGUGUAGAAAACCGCAGGCCGGUCUCAACAUGGUGAGGCUGGAGCUGGAUAAGGUGGCGAUGAGGAGGAUGAAGGAGGAUGAUAUUGAGAUGAUCAAGGCCCUCAUCAAGGAGGGCUGCGAGGGCACAGAAAACCGUCUCAUCCUCCACAUCCUCACUCGUCCGCUGUGCCUCUUCGUCUUGGCCAUUAUCUCCUCAAUGCUGCGCUGCAUCGUUCACUCCUUUAUCCUGGCCCUCGCUAUUCCUGUCUUCCUACUUAUUAUCUUUCUCAAAAUCACCAUGCCACGGUCCACAGGGGUUCUGGGCAGCAGCCGCCCCUACUGGGACUAUGUGGGCAGCAGCUACCGGGGGCCGCAGGAAGAGACACUGCAGAAUCCCUAUUGUAGGAUCAGCGGCAAAACACCACUGACAAAAAAGCCAAGAUCCAGAAUCGGAUCCAAAGACAAGGACAAGGACAAGGAGGUGUCAACAGAGAAGGUCACCCCAGAGCGGGAGCAGGCGGCAGGACACGUCUGGGUGGCGGACUGCGAUGGGGAGAUCCUGGGCUGCAUCUUCCGGGAGAAUGAGACGAGAGCAGGCAUCAGGAGAAUCUGCAGGGUGGUGACAGGCUGCUGGUACCGCAGGGAGGGCCUGGGUCGGCUGCUUGUCCAGAGUCUGGAGCAGAGAGAGAGGGCAACUGGAGCACACAGAGUCUAUGCACACAUCCCCUACCCUUCUAAGCUGGGGGAGGCUUUCUUCAAGAAACUGGGUUAUCACCAGCUCGGGGAGGGGGCUGAUGAAGAAGACGAGGAGGAGGUGAAGCUGGAGAAACCAGAGAGAGGCUUUAUGGGAUAUCCCCUCACUAAGGUGUUUUACAAAGACCUGUGAUUGAGUGAUGAGCGAAUCGUGAAGUUAAAAAGGUGGCUGUGAGCGUAAAGAUGAAAAAACAUGAGCGCAAACUGUGGAUCUCUGCUGUGUCAUGUUUGGAUUUGUGUUUAAGUUAAUAAUUUAUAUGCCUGUAUUUAUUGACUGUUUGUGUUGCUGUUCUGUUUGUGUGUUUGUUUCAGUAUAUUUUGUUUUUCAUCAUCGAAAGCACAAUUUCUAACAAUUAUUUAAGAAUUCAAAGAUGACAUCACGAUGCCUCAGGUCCUCUGUUCUCUAUCAUGUGUGCGAUGAAGUAAAAUAUUUAUUUAAAUGUCG